GACUAUAGGUUCACAACAGCAUAUCUAUUUCCCCAUCAUGGCCAUUUGCAUCUCAGCUACAGCAAACCGGCCUUGUCUUGUCUUCUGUUGUCUUUCACAAGAGGAACAUGGUUCCAAUGGAGGCAAUGAGUGGGUUCCAGAAUGUUCUAGAACCCAGCCAAGACAAUGGAUGGAUCAUUCACUGUUUCGCCCACACCAUGGCUGAAGAUGUAGUACACUCAGCUACAUAUUACGUGUCCUCAUCCAUCUGUCUUCCAGUUAGGGAGAGAUCGGCUGAGAAGCUAGCCUCUCUGGCCAUCAUAGCUGCCUUUAAGGAAGCAGUUGGAAGUGAGAGCUUUUGGUCCAACAUACCCUCUUCAUUCAGCACAAGAUCUUUGUCCUAUUCCAAUGCCAGCUCACCCUCAGAUAGAAGGAAGACGGUUCUACACAGUACAAGACAAAGGGAGGUUCAUAUGGAUACAGAGAUGAGUGGGAAUGGUGAGACACAUCAAUUCAACGGGACCAUCAAGUACCAUUCCUCUGGACCCUCCAGCUCCACUCUCCGCCCCUCCAAGGACACCCACUCCUCCGGCGAGGUCAGUUAUGAAGAGCGAGGACUCCACGGAAGGAGUGCCAAGCUGAUGACGUACGCAGAGGCGAUCUCUGAUGACAUCAUCACAUGGCUGAACAAUAACAUAACAAAUAUUGACGAUCUCUGUCUGUUAUCUGAUCAACUGUCUGAUAAAAUCAUCACGUCGUUAUUAACUGAGGUGAGGUUGAGGGGGUAUGCUGGAAGGCUGGUCUCGGAUGUAUUCUCCCUGGGUUGGAGAGAGCUAAAGAUAGCCUCAGUCCAGGACACCCUGGUUCUACAUCCAACCACCAACUAUGCUGGAAGGCUGGUCUCCGGUGCACUCUCUCUGGCUAGAGCGGAGCUGAAGAGGGCCUCUCUCCAUGACUCCCUGGUUCUCCAACAGGAGCAGAAGGGGAGAGGGGAACCAAGUCCAAUGGACAAACGUUGACCUAACCACCCCACUGUAUCCAUAUCCCUGUCUAACCACUCCCAGCCAGUCAUCCAGCAUCCAGCUUGGUUCACCCAAACCCUAUGAGUUGAAUUCAGAUCGGACCCCCAACAUGACAGCACACUCUUCAUCCCACUCUUCAUCCCAGUCACUCCGCUGCUGAGUGCUUGGCCUAAGCUGUGGUGAGGUGUUGUGGCAUAAGCGACAGGGCCCCUGGCCACUAGGUGGCCCCGACCCAUUUUCUGUAUGUUAAAACUGCAAAAAUGUCUCUUCACCUCAUGGCAAAAUGUGUAGAAUUGUAGAACACCUUCUUUAAAACUGCAAAAUGUCCUCUACUCCCCAUGGCCGAAUGUGUAGAAUUUCAGGAAAUUCACUUUAAAACUUAAAAUGUUCUCUCCGCCGUCAAGAGAGGGGGCCACAAAAAUGUUUUGCCCAUAAGGCCCACAAACAAAUCUAGCUUAGGGCCCCCAAAAGGCAGCAGUGUAUGUAGUUCAGUGGCCAUAUGUACUCUUUAUCUCCAGUACAUCACUGGGGCUGAGCUCCUUGCCAUUCACAACCUCUAUAUCAGGCGGUGUGAAAGGAAGGCCAGGAUAAUGGUUAGACUCCAGCCAUCCAAGCCAUAGACUGUUCUCUCUGCUUACGUUCUGUUUUACUUUACAGUACUACUCAUAUUGAUUACUGGUAAAGAGUUUCAAUAAAGGCAUUUCAAUGUACUUGUACACAUGACAAUAGAAACUAGAAAUAUUUUCCACUCUAGGUUUCUUCCUAGGUUCCUGCCUUUCUAGGGAGUUUUUUCCUGGCCACCGUGCUUCUACAUC